AUGGUACUCGUAUCUCGUGCCUUGUACAGUCGUAGGAUCGCUGAGAUGGUGUGUACAAGUCACGAGGCGAUGGCUGUUGCCCACAGCAGAGGGGCUGACGAGGACGAAGAGGAUAGUCCUAAGCAUGAGCACUCGAGUAGUGACAAUAGCGCGGCUGCAACGAACUGUGCUUGUACCAGGAGGAAUGCUAGAGCUAAUAUGAAAAA